AUGGACGAGACCGAAGAUAUGGACGAGACCGAAGACGAUAUGCACGAGACCGAAGACGACACGACCGAGACCGAAGACGAUAUGGACGAGACCGAAGAUAUGGACGAGACCGAGGACGCCACAACUGAGACCGAAGACGACGUGACUAAAACCAAAGACGAUAUGAACGAGACCGAAGAUAAGGACGAGACCGAAGACGACGUGACUCAGACCAAAGACGAUAUGACCGAGACCGAAGAUAUGCACGAGACCGGAGACGACACGACCGAGACGGAAGACGACGUGACUAAGACCAAAGACGAUAUGACCGAGACCGAAGAUAUGCACGAGACCGAAGACGACACGACCGAGACCGAAGACGACGUGACUCAGACCAAAGACGAUAUGACCGAGACCGGAGACGACGACACGACCGAGACCGAAACCAAGUCAACGGGAAUAACAAGCCUCGAACUUCUUCCUUCCCCAGCAGACGAAGUUCAAGGGUGA